AUGUUUGCGCCCCUGCGCCUCCAUCCCACGCCUUCGCCCGCCCUGCUCUGUCGCCCGUCUCCGCGGCCCACUUCUGCCCGGCCCACCCGCCUGCACCCCCCUUCCGCCGCAGUCCCAGCCAUGGCCGAGCGGAGCCGAGAGCAGGUGAUUGCGGAGUCCAUCAGAGAGAUCCCCGACUUUCCCAAGCCGGGAAUCCAGUUCUACGACAUCACCACAACGCUGCUGGACCCGGCGGCCUUCAAGGCCUGCGUGGACCUGCUGGUGGAGCGCUACCAGGGGAAGAACAUAGACGCCGUGGCGGGGUUCGAGGCCAGGGGCCUUAUCUUUGGCGCCCCUCUAGCCCUUGCUCUGGGUUGUGCGUUUGUGCCACUGAGGAAACCAAAGAAGCUUCCAGGUGAGACAAUUGGAGAGGAAUAUGAGCUGGAGUAUGGCUCGGAUAGAAUAGAGAUGCAUGUUGGGGCUGUCAAGGAGAAACAGAGGGUGUUGCUGGUGGAUGACCUGAUCGCAACAGGGGGGACGAUGGCUGCAGGUGCCCGACUUAUGGAUCGAGUGGGUGCAGAGGUGGUGGAGGCGGCUGUGGUCAUCGAACUUCCCGAUCUGAAGGGGCGUGAGAAGCUUCCUUCCAACUGCCCGCUGUUCGUCAUGGUCCAGAAAGCAGGGGCGUGA